AUGGAUACGGAAGUGAAGCUUCCAAACAAAACUCCGGCAACGGUGCAAAUCACAGCCGAACAGAUUAUAAGCGAGGCUCGAGAAAGGCAAGAAGCUGAUGAGAUCCGGCCGCCCAAGCAGAAGAUUGGUGAUUCUAUGGUUUCCGAGUACAGACUCCGACGUCGGAAGCAGUUCCAGGACUGGAUCGGCGGCGGAACAUGUACCAUACAUGUUUGGAUCAAGUAUGCGGAGUGGGAAGAUUCACAGAAUGAUUACGCACAUGCUCAGAGCGUGUGGGAACGAGCCUUGGGAAGCUUUGACCGGAAUUAUAUGAUUUGGUUCAAGUACGCCGAGUUUGAGAUGAAGAACAAGUCGUUCAAACACGCGAGAAACGUUUGGGACCGUGCCGUUGAGAACCUCCCUCUCGUGGACCUGCUUUGGUACAAAUAUAUUCACAUGGAAGAGAUGCUUGGAAAUAUCGCCGAGGCUAGACAGGUAUACGAGCGGUGGAUGGUUUGGUCACCCGAUCAACAAGCUUGGCUCUCGUUUAUUAAAUUCGAACUUAAGUAUAACGAAAUCGAACUUGCACGAUCAAUCUGCAAAAGAUUUGUUCUUUGCCAUCCGAAAGUUCCCGCUUACAUCCUAUACGCUAAGUUCGAGAUAGAAGAAGGUGAAACUGCACGUGCAAGGAAUGUGUACGAACGCGCCACCAAGAAGUUUGCAGACGAUGAAACUCUUGUGGCUUAUGCUGAAUUCGAAGAAGGUUGCAAGGAAGUAGAACGAGCUAGGUCUAUCUACAAGUCUCCUCUGGAUCGUAUUCCUAUAGGAAGAACUGAGGAUUUGUACAGGAAAUAUGUUUCGUUUGAGAAACAAUAUGGGGAUAAGGAAGUGAUUGAGGACGUCAUCGUUGGCAAAAGAAGGUUUCAAUAUGAAGUUGAAGUAAGAAAGAACCCUCUGAACUACGAUUCAUGGUUCGAUUACCUUAGGCUAGAAGAGAGUGUAGGGAACAAAGAUAGGAUCAGAGAAAUCUACGAUAGAGCUAUUGCUAAUGUUCCACCGGCAGAGGAGACUGAAACUGAAGAUGUGGAGCGUACGCGAGUUAUAUACAGAGAAUGCCUCAAGCUUAUCCCGCACCAAAGUUUCUUUUGCUAAAAUAUGGUUGCUCGCUGCACAGUUUGA